GACUGCCUGCGCAGGCCGAGCGAGUGAGCGGGGCCGCAGCCGGCGGGCAAAGGAGGCUCUAGCGGGCGUCCCUGGGAGCCGUGAGAAGGGCGGGCCAGGGGAGGGCGGGAGAGGGGAGCGAAGCGGCAGCGGGUGCCGACGCUCGGCAGCGCGGCUCUCGCAGCUCCACCGCCGGUGGCCACGCCGCACACCCACAAGCGGCUCUAAGGGAGGCAUAGGCCUCCCCAUCCUGCGGAGGGGACCGGGACAGGCUCGUGAUCGCCCUUCUCGGAGCGCCCGCCCCAGUCCCCGGCCUUUGUGUGGUGCAAGAGCUGCUCCAGGCUCCCCGAGCAGGACCGCGGGCAGCCCGCAGAAGUUCACAGCAGCCGGAUGCCCUAGGCCGGCACAUACUUUUGUUCCUAAAGGAGGAAACGGUGAGGUCUGUCCACUGAUGCCUGAGUAACAUCUUACUAAACAUUCAUGAAGACAUGCAGUAAUAUCCAGUAAGGCCCAAAACCCAACUUUUUGCUGGUGGGUAAAACACUGGAUUUUUGUUAGAAAUUCUGCAAGAGUGAUACUACCAGUAAAGAUGUCAUACUUCAUGAAAGGAGUUAAAUGUUGCAGUCCUGUGAAUCAGAUGCACAAAGGAACAGGAACUCUGUUAAAGAACAUACUGGGCAUCACCGAACAACAGUUCAAAAUUUCACAUGCAGCUUCCCAGCUUAGUUCUGAAAAGGCAAACUGUUAUAAUUAUGUCAUUGUUGGAGCUGGAUCAGCAGGGUGUGUAUUAGCCAACAGAUUGACAGAAGACCCUCUCAGUACUGUACUACUUUUGGAAGCAGGCCCUAAAGAUACUCUUCUAGGUAGUAAAAGACUGAUGUGGAAGAUUCAUAUGCCUGCUGCAUUAACAUACAACCUCUGUGAUGAGAAAUAUAACUGGUAUUACCACACAACAUCACAAAAGCAUCUGGAUAACCGAAUUCUAUACUGGCCCCGUGGGAGAGUGUGGGGUGGCUCUUCUUCUCUCAAUGCAAUGGUAUACAUUCGUGGGCAUGCAGAAGAUUAUAAUCGAUGGAGCAGAGAAGGGGCUAUAGGAUGGGACUAUGAGCACUGCUUGCCCUAUUUUAAGAAGGCACAGACACAUGAACUGGGGCCAGAUCAGUAUAGAGGUGGAAAUGGACCCCUGUAUGUGUCAAGAGGGAAAACAAACCAUCCUCUUCAUCAUGCAUUCCUGGAGGCAACCCAGCAAGCUGGGUAUCCCUUCACAGAUGAUAUGAAUGGCUACCAGCAAGAAGGAUUUGGCUGGAUGGACAUGACUGUGCACCAAGGUCAAAGAUGGAGCACAGCUAGUGCUUACCUUCGCCCAGCCAUAUCACGCCCAAACCUGUCAGCUGCAGAGAGGACACUAGUAACAAAAAUCUUGUUUCAAGGAACAAAAUCCAUUGGUGUUGAGUAUGUGAAAAAUGGGCAAAAGAAAAAGGCUUUUGCCAGUAAAGAAGUUAUUUUAAGUGGAGGUGCCAUAAAUUCUCCACAGCUGCUUAUGUUGUCUGGGAUUGGCAAUGCAGAUGAUCUAAAAAAACUGGGGAUCCCUGUUGUUUGCCACCUUCCUGGAGUAGGCCAGAAUCUUCAAGAUCAUUUAGAAGUGUACAUCCAGCAAAAGUGCACCAAACCUAUUACACUAUACAAUGCACAAAAGCCAGUUAACAUGGUGAGAAUUGGUCUAGAAUGGCUUUGGAAGUUUACAGGUGAGGGAGCGACUGCCCACUUAGAAUCUGGUGGGUUUAUCCGAAGUGAACCAGGGGUUCCUCACCCUGACAUUCAGUUCCACUUUCUCCCAUCUCAGGUGAUUGAUCAUGGUCGGGUUGCUUCCACAAUGGAAGCUUACCAGGUCCAUGUGGGACCCAUGAGGAGCACGAGUGUGGGCUGGCUAAAGCUGAAGAGUACAGACCCAAAUGACCAUCCCAUCAUUGAGCCUAACUACAUGUCAACAGAAAGAGAUAUUUGGGAAUUCCGCCAGUGUGUCAAGUUGACCAGAGAGAUCUUUGCUCAGAAAGCUUUUGAAAAAUUUCGGGGUCCUGAAAUUCAACCAGGAAACCAUGUUCAGUCUGACAAAGAAAUAGAUGCUUUCAUAAGGCAGAAGGUAGACAGUGCUUAUCAUCCUUCCUGCACCUGUAAAAUGGGUCAGCUUUCAGACAGCAGUGCUGUAGUCGAUCCCCAAACAAAAGUUAUUGGUGUUGAAAACUUAAGAGUAGUAGAUGCUUCAAUAAUGCCUAGUAUUGUAACUGGAAAUUUGAAUGCCCCAACUAUUAUGAUAGCAGAGAAAGCUGCAGAUAUAAUUAAGGGCCUCCCAUCGCUUCAGGAGAAGAAUGUUCCUGUAUAUAAGCCUAAGACCUUGGAAACACAGAGAUAAACAAAUGUUCUCACCCCCUAGAUCUUUUGCUACUUAAGCUUUCAUCAGCACAUUGGUGUCUCAUACUGAACACACCAACAAAAUAAAUACCAUGCAAAACAAUGUAUCCUUUUAAAAUAACAGUUUGAACCAUUCUCUUCUCUAGCUAUUCUUUUUUUUUUUUCUUUUCUGAUCAGGUGGCUUAAGCAGCUUAUUUUAUUUAACAGGGAUGGGGCAUUCACAACUUCACUGAGCAACCUGUGCCAGUGCCUCACCACCCUCACAGUAAAGAACUUCUUCCUAAUGUCUAAUCUAAAUCUCCCCUCUGUCAGUUUAAAGCAAUUCCCCCUUGUCCUGUCGCUACAUGUCCUUGUAAAAAGUCCCUCUCCAGCUUUCUUGUAGGCUCCUUUUAGGUACUGGAAGGCUGCUCUGAGGUCUCCCUGGAGUCUCUCUUCUCAGUGCUGAACAACUCCAGCUCUCUCAGCUUGACUUCAUAGGAGAGGUGCUCCAGCCCGCAGAGCAUUUUCGUGGCCUCCUCUGGACCUUUUGUGGUACAAUUAAAAUCUUUUGUAGAAGAGAAGCUAUUUCUAAAUGACAAGACAGUUGUGCACAUAAACCAAAACUACCGUGCAAUAUCAUGAGGAAUAGGAGAGAUUAAUGUGUGCUAUUAUAGUAUGCCUUGUUAUUUAAAGGAAGGACUUUGGCUGCUGUGAGAGUGUUACCCAGGAUAACAGCUAGUCAGUAAUCCCCACAUCCUGCAAAGAAAGGUUAAGUAAGCAUUUAUACAAUUUCAUAUUCACAGGCCAAACUAGUUCAUAUCAGAAUUAACAGGAGAGAGAGGAACCUGCAUGUGUUCAGGAUUUGUCAAAUGUGGGGUUUUUUUUUUUAUGAAGGAAUGUACAGUUUACACAUCCUCACUGAAAAUCAGACUUCACCAAACCUAGGAGUCUGAAUUGUAUCGUAUUCAGAAAGAAGACAUAUAUAAGUUACCAGAAACUUACUUUCCUGAAAAAUGUAGAACAGGGCCUGAUAUUUAUAUUUUUUGUUAUAUAUACAGAAUUUGUAUAUUCGUUAUAUUAUCUUCAGAUGUGUAUAGCAAGAUAUAAGAUCAUUCAUGGCUGUUUUCAUGGCUGCUUUCUAUAUCAAUCUAACUUUCAAGUACUGAUUUAAAAAAAAAACAGACAAACAAAAGCAAACAACUAAAGAAACUGAGCUCAUUGACUGAAAUUGAAUCCAUUGAAUUGUUUGGAUUUAUUAAGUAUUCUAAAAUAACUUGUGACUAAGCAGCUGUCAAAUUUUAAAAGCAAAAGCUUCUGUAGUCUAAGAUUGCUCAGGACUUGAGCUAAACAGAAUAAACUUUUUUUUUCCCAGGGAAGAAAGGUGGAAUUGUACAACAUUUGAGCAGAUCGUAAAAAAAGCUUGCUGACUCAGGUGUUGGCUAGAGGGACAACUGCAGAUGUUUAAGGCAGAUACUUCUACCUGGUGCUGCUUGCUGUAAGGCAGUGGUUGGAAGCCCUGCUGCUAACUGAGGGAAAGGACUUAAUUCAUUAGAGCAUCUGCAUAAAGAUAAACAAAAUUAGUGAGGAUGGAAGAUGAUAGCAGUGAACUAUGCUCCAAAAGGAGACAGGUAAAACCUUUCUAUCUAUGUGAUGCAUUCUUUUGGAAUGAGGGGAAGAGCAAGAAUAUUUUAAGUAAUAGGUGAUUGAAUAACUGUUAAUGAGAUAAUUCAUCUCAUACAGCUGUGCUGUAAUGAGACAAUUCAUUUCAGACAGCUGUGCAUUUGAAGAAAGCGUAUACUGUGAAUGGUGUACCUGUUUAUGGCAAAUAGUUUUUAUUCAGCACCUGUGCUUUUGAGAUUUUCACUUAAAGGUAUUCAGUAGGUAUCUUAGUGUCAUUUGAAUAUAAAGUAUUAGAAUACUCAGAGUAAUAUAUACUGAUGAGACUUACCACAGUCCUGUGCAGCUGAAAGGGGAUGCAAUUUGGAAAGAUGGAAUACUGAAGUUCCUGCAUUUGCAGAUGUACAACUUGAAUUUCCAUUCUAGGCAUGCAGGAUGGGAAUUGUUACUAUGCAACUGCAGAGAAUUAACUAGCCACUGUCUUGCAUAACGUAUCUCUGAACAUGCACAGAGCUAUCCUCUGCCAUUAUGAAAAGCUCUAAAAAGAUGAGGACAUAGCAAAGUUAGAUAUACACCCCAAACCGCGUGUGUGUUUGUGUUCAGGUACACAUUGCCCCAUCGUGCAAUCAUCAGAUUAAUCAGGCAUUUCUUCUGAAACAUCACCAUCUUUUCUUGGAGUUCUAAACAUACAUAGACACCAUGCAGAUUCCUCUCUUUCUAAACACUUGAAUAUUUUCGCUGCUGUGAACUGCAGUUGCUUUAUUAAUUUAGGCCUCACUAGACAUGCUAUAGAAUGUUGAGGCUUCACAUGACAUUCCUUUGAUGCAGUGCUAAAGAAAUAGCUCAUGUAUUUGAAAGCUUUGUUGCCCCAGGGAAGUCUUUAGGUAGCAUCAAGCUACCAUUAGUUUCUCCUGCAUUGGACCUGGUUGCUGAUAGUGAAUUCCUGUUAAAAUUGUUCUUACUUCUAGCUGAGUCAAGUCUGCUAAGGGAUACUUAGAACAGGUACAAGGUAUUCUAAUAUGCUCUGUGGAGCACUGGCAGUCUGCUAGGUAAAAUUAACCAUCUUUUACACCAUACGGGAUUGCAGAACACAGGCUCAUAAUUCCAGAGUUUGACUUACUUAACAAAAUAAUACAGUGUGCAAUUGAAUAUUAUUCCCAGUUCUACCCAGAUAUUUUUUAUGUAAAUGCAGAGAUGAUACUACAUAAUGUAUUCAAAACCAGUUAACUGUAAAAGCUGUUUGAUGUAAGAAUUUGGAAGUUACUAGACCUGCCAGCAUGGCUUGAACCAGCAACGGUACUGCGAGUGAGCACACCAGCAUUUCCAUGGUAAUAGCUUGCUGCAGAUGCUUCAGACACAGUUGGAGGUCUCUGGCUGGAGACAAUGAGAUUAAGAAAGAAAAGUGACCAAAGUGUUUCUUUUGUACACAUAUUUCAAUUCAAGGUGCUUUUAAAAGGCAGCAGAAAAUAGCAGCAUUUAUAAAACUGCAUUACAUUUAAUUCAUGUAAUGCCACUCAAGGUUUUGUACACCAGAACUUUUGAUGUUUCUGCAGCUUAAGAUCCUUUCCAAGUGUCUUAUUUCAGUUAGGCUGCAACCAAAUGAGGCAGCUAUAUAAACACUGAAGAACUGGAAAGGGGGCUUGGAACAUGCAUUUUCUGUAAAAUAAACAUACAAAACAUAUUUUGAGGACUAGUAAAAGCAUUUAAGCAUUUUUAAAAAUUACAGUUAAAAUGAAAAGUUACUGCAGAGAGAACCCAAGUGUAUGUUAUUACAGCGUUACAGUUUUUAGUCUCUAUUCUUCUGUCAUCCAAGCUCUAAAAACGAGACACUGUUCAAAUAGGAAUAUAUUUUACAUAUUCACUUGUUCAGUGAAUUUGCUUCAUGGUAAAAGACUUAGCAAUUUUUAAUUCUUUACUAAUGUUUUCCGUCAUUAUAUACAUAUACAAACAAAUCUGAAAACUCAUGAAAUAUGCUUUAAAUGUUGAGAUAACAUCUAGUUUUUGUAUUGAGUAAUUAUUAUGAUUGGCAGUAUUUUAAGGAUGCCAAUUACCAUGUAAUUGUGAGUAUAUUGAUUACUUUUUUGAUAUACUUAUAAAAUUGAACAGGUAUUCUAUGUAUCCAUAUAUAUAUAUGUUUUCCUUUAAACCUUAACUAUACAGAACAUGGUUUGUAACUCAGUUUCCUUUAUUACUUGGCAUUUUUUAAGGACUAUUUUCUCAUAAAAUAGCAUAUCUGCCCUAAAGAGUCUCUCAUCAGACUACUGAAUGCUGAGGACUAACAAUACUGGCAAGAAAAUACAGGGAAGUCAGCAUAAUGUUUUCUGUCUCAUCAGAAAAAUGAUUGUCACUCAGCUCCAUUUGCCAAAUUUGAUGUGCUAUCAGAAGUCCAUGCAGUUAAGUAACCUGGUCUGGGAUUUUUUUUUGCCUCCUCAUUUUUCAGUGUUCAAUUUCAGUUGCCUUAAGGGUGGUUUUCAGAAGUGGGUACACCACAGUAGCUGGAAGUGAAAACUACUCAUUUCAGAGUGACAGCAGAUCCAGAAGGCUCUAUUUUGGUCUCCUAAAGUUUGUUUCUGUAAGGUGGGAAAGUGUAACAGAGUGACUUACUACUGCAUAACCUACCCAAGUGUUUGCUGGCAGACAGCAUGAAAGAUUUGUUUUGACAUUUUAGGGGAUUUUGGUCAGAUUUUCCUCAUUGUUUCCAAAGAUCUGUAACUAGCGAAAUAAUAAUCUCCUAGAUAGCAGGGGAGUAACAGUAACCUUUUCCAUAGGAACACUAUAAUCACUUCAUAUCUGUGUGGUUAACAGCAAUCAUUCAUAAAAGACUGGCACACUAUGAUAAUGUAGACUGAUGACUAUAUCCCACACAUUCUCAUCCGUUCUCCAAACAGUGCAAAGAGAUUUUACUUUUGGAGCUUCUUAGUGAAAAACUAUUAGUAAAAGGAGUCCCAAGUAUAAUAAAAUUAUUACACAGUUUUAUUUUGAAGAACAUUUUGCAUUUGUUUUAAUACAAAAUGAUGUAGGUCAAGAAAUAAUUUACAAACCUUGAAGUUCUUAUCCUGGCAUUUGAAAUAAGAAUGAUUUCAGAGGAAGUCUGUAAGCUAUUCAUAGGAAACUGUCAUUAUGUACAAAAUGUUUAUUGACAUGUUUUAAACAUCACAUUUGUAAAAAUGUGAACUGGAUUGCUAUCUAGCAUAUGAUCUACAGGUAAAACCUGAUAAGAUAACUUGUUAGAACAAGUCUUUGUUAUCCAGUGCUAACAAAAUAGACAGUAGCUUUCAGUGUUUUUUGAUUUUCCUCCAAGGACAUUUCAGCCUCAAAGUCAUUUCAGGGUUUUACUGCAUUGUGAACAAUAUCUAAGCCCUCUCUUGGUUGCAUAAAAAUAAAUCUUUGAAAUAGGACACACAGAACAACAGAAAGGUAGAGGCAAUAGUGUACUACUUAUAUCAAGGUUUUUGGUUCUGUGAAGAAUCAUUUUAUCAUAUUUCUUCUCUUUCCAAGCAGAGUAAGUACUACUGAAGUAAACCAUUUUCAUUUACCUGUGAAAUAAAUUUCUGCCCGAGAUGCUUUCUGUCAAAGUAGGGUAUAUGGAUAACAUACUUUGUCAAAAUGAAUUGUCUCAUGACCAGUAAUAUCCUGGCAUGAACUUGCCAAUUUUUUUUAGGAUUUUAAUGCUUAUUUUUACCAUGGAAUUAAUAAAAAAAUAAAAUUAGAGCUUGGUUUUCAAUCAAAAUGUUAAAAUAACAUAAAUAUUAUACCUUUCCAAGUAUAAGAUUGUAAAUAGUCAACUGUGCAUCCCUUAUGCAAAGAGAUUCAUUUGACUCAAUUAGGUAAUUAAAAAAAAAAAAAAAAUCUCUUCUGUUGCCAAGUUCAAACUUGACACUUUAUCCCAAAAAGAGAUUUACACUGAGAGAGGUGGCUCUAUUUAAAUAUUUAUGCUAUAGAUCUAUAUAUUCCAAGUAAAAAUACUUCUAUCUAGAAUUCUGUGGAGAGUUACAAUAAUUAGGGUCCAUAAAUAUUGCUGCAGUUCAAUUACGGUACAAUAAUUACAAAAUAUAGAACAUCUCUUUACAAAUACAAAUCAUUGUAUAUUACAAUUCAUUUACAAUAAUUUCUACUAUAUAAUUUUUAGCAAACUAUCUUAUCUAAUUCUACUAUAACCUGGUUGCAAGUGCAUUAGUAAGAAUGCAUUUAUUCCAGUAUAUUUUGCCCUUAACGUGAUAGUCAUAAAACAGACUAUCUGAAUGAUAUUUUCCUAUGUAAACUGGUGUUACAUAUGACAGAUUACUCUUUAUAUAACUUCUUUUUCCAUCGAUCUCUAACAGGUAGAGCAUGACAAACUGUAUUUUAGAAGAGCAUUAAGAAAAGAAAUCAGGAGGCAAAUUUGAAAACAACUUUAGAAUGGAUAUGCAAUGGGUAGCUGAUAUGCUAUUGAGUACUGAGGUAAUGACAUUGUUGGUUGUCAUCACUCAUCUCUUGUUGCUAUUUCCCACACAAUUUUGUGCCAGACUUACACAGACGUUUUCAUUGACAAAACCCUGCUCUACUAGGAAGGACAGCAGCACAAGGUUGAAAGACAGGCAAGAUAUUACACCUCAGAAUCCCACUCUAGCCCUCAAAAAACCUGAUUGUCACAAUCUGCUUGGGUUCAAAAUAACCUCAUUCCUACAGAGGAACUGAAGAUUCUGUGGGAGGAGACGACGUCCUGCAGCUCUGAUCACAUUUCGGCAACCUGGAGAUAAUAAAUUUAUUGGUUAUGGCUUC